UGUGGCCAAACAAAAGUUACUUGUAGUAGUAUAUACUCAGAAGUUAAAUUUAUUUGCCCACUAUUUACACAAAUUUAUUUGACUACUAUUUGUGAUUUAUACUUCGUACAUAACAAUAGGUACACAUGUAGCUAUGUUAGAUCUUAGCAAAAGCGAUUUUUUUUUUUUAAUUUUUAAUUUUUUUUUAUGAAGAUAAUCCUAUAUUUUUCUAUAGUAUGGUGCUUUUGUGCUUGUGAUAGGCGAAUCAAGUAGAACAAUCACAAAAUUAAAUAGUACUCGCACUAGAUUUUUAGGAAAAAAUUAGUCUAAUUAAUCUAAAUCCGAAUUCAUGGGGCUAUUUACUUAUACCGAAAGGUAAAUCUAAUUUGUAGUUUAUUAAAUAUAAUGAUUAUUAUUUUUUAAGAGUUAGUAUAAUCGUACAUUGUCAAAUGUGAAACUCUAUCGAAAAAAGAAAAAAAAAAUGUUAAGAUGAUUUACCUUUGUAAAAAAGUUUUUAUUUUUUCAUAAAAAAAAAUUUGACAAUUGGUAAAAAAUGAGCUCAAACGUUGUCGUUUAAAAACAAAAUAGAAUAGCACAACAAAAAGCUUAUCCAUGAUUUAUCCCUCUUCUUCUUCCUCCUCUCUUUCUUCCUAGGUGAAGUGGUGAGUGCCAUGGAUGGAACCCUGCAAAUUUUCUGCACAAAUUUCAAAGUACCCACCUCCAUUAAAAUGCCCCUCUUUUCUAUUCAUUCUCCUUCUCCCUUUCUCUCUCCUCAUUUUCUCUCUCUUCCCCAAAACCCCACCUUCUCUUUUUCUUCAUACCUUUCUAUGCCAUCUCGCUUCCCUCCUUCUUUUGUUCAAUUUGCAACCCCAGAUAGUCCAUUGAGCAUUGAAGUUGGCACUGAAACCAGUGAGUGGGCAAUGCAAGAUUUCUAUACAUUAAGAAAAGAGGUAGAAAAUACAAGUAAACGUGUGGAAGAGAUUGUAGUCUCUGCUGGAUUGCAACACUUGGAGAAAGAGCUUGCAGCAUUGGAGUCCAAAUCAGCUGAUAGCACUUUGUGGGAUGACCGUGCUAAGGCCCAAGAAACUCUUUCGGCUCUCACUGAUGUCAAAGAUAAACUUAAACUUCUCAAAGAUUUCCAAACGCAGGUUGAAGAGGCAGAAACGAUAGUUAAUCUUACUGAAGAGAUGGAUUCUACUGAUACUGCACUUCUUCAAGAAGCUGCCGGCAUUAUUAAGGAGUUGAACAAAGCACUUGAUCGUUUUGAGUUGACAGAGCUUCUUUCUGGUCCUUAUGACAAAGAGGGUGCUGUUAUUACUAUCUCAGCUGGUGCUGGUGGGACUGAUGCUCAGGAUUGGGCUGAUAUGCUUCUCAGGAUGUAUAUGAGAUGGGCGGAGAAGCAGAAGUAUAAGGCUAGAGUGGUUGAUAAAUCUUUGGGAGAAGAAGCAGGGAUUAAAUCUGCAACACUUGAGGUUGACGGUCGUUAUGCUUAUGGUUAUCUUUCUGGAGAAAAGGGCACGCAUCGUAUAGUGCGGCAGUCACCUUUUAAUUCCAAGGGUCUUCGUCAGACUAGCUUUUCUGGUGUUGAAGUCAUGCCUCUUCUUCCAGAAGAGUCAUUAAAUGUUGAUAUACCUGAAGAAGAUUUGGAAAUAAGUUUCACUAGAGCUGGUGGAAAAGGAGGUCAAAAUGUAAACAAGGUUGAAACAGCUGUUAGAAUCACUCACAUUCCCACUGGUGUGGCGGUUCGAUGCUCAGAGGAGAGAUCCCAAAUCCAAAACAAAGUAAAGGCUCUGAAUCGAUUGAAAGCCAAACUUUUAGUCAUUGCUGAGGAGCAAAGGGCGUCUGAGAUCAAGCAGAUCAGGGGAGAUGCUGUGAAGGCAGAGUGGGGCCAGCAAAUACGGAAUUAUGUAUUCCACCCUUACAAGCUUGUGAAAGAUGUGCGUACAAGUUACGAGACUUCUGAUAUCACCUCAGUAAUGGAUGGUGAUUUAGAUCCAUUCAUCAAGUCUUACUUGAAAUAUAAGUACACUCAGAUGCUUUCAACAAGUAGUUAGAGAUGAUUUUGUGUACUUUGCUGAUUUGUGGUAGCAAGAGUGUCACAAAAUGAAUUUUGUAUAACAAGUACUUGUAGUUGGGUGCAGAACUUAAUGAUUAUGAUCAUUGUGGUA